AUGUGGUACAGACCGGUGCUCCUGCUUGCCUGUCUCGCGUUGGCUGUGGGGGCGUCAUGGUCUCGCUCCCCUAUCGACGCCAACCUCUCGGCCCACCAGGCCGAGGAGCUCUUCGCUGCCACCGAGCGCGCCCUCGUCUUCAUGCUGCGCAACUACGACGCCUUAAAUCUGGACGGUGUCUUGGGCGUAAGAGUACUACAAGGUGUCUACGACCAACUCCUUGCUGCAUGUGGCCCGGAUUUACCGAGGCGAAUGGCUGAAAAAAUGGAACAACUGCAGAAGUUGGCGAAUCUGGUGGGAACACUCGGUACAGUAACUGCUGCCAUCAAAACUCCUUUCUAUUUUUCAAGAGCAAGCUUUCUACUGAAUGCCGAACUUUGGCGGUUUAUUCUUCCGACAAGGCAUUUUGAGACCUUACCCACGACCGAUAUGAACUCGAUAUUCACUGAUGACAACAUUUCUGAAGUUUUAUCAGAUCACUGUCUCCUCGAAUUCACUCAACAUGACUCACACCCACAAUGUGCCAUUUCUCGAGAGUGCUUUGCCAAUAUGAAUGCGGAUAAUCACACAUCAUACAGUUUAACACACCAAAUCCUCUAUUACCUCGUUGGUAUUGGGGCUCGUUGUGAUCUUCAACUGAUUGAUCUGGCCGGAGCAGAACCUCAUGUGGAAUCAGUUGAACAAAAAAUGGCCCAAUUUUGCGCAAAAAUCGACAGUGAAGCGAGGACCCUGGCCAAAAACGACUUUCCAAAAGAGGCCCGUGACCUUUUCAUGGAGCAAGUUGGAAUGUGUGGAGUGGCAGGAUUCACACAAAUCGCACGUCCGGAGUGGUUGGACCGGAUAGUGACCUGGCAGAAUCCUCACUCCGGCUGCUACCACAGAUUCCGCGGUGAAAAUUUCGACCCGGAAAACUUCAACCCAUUGCGCUACGGCAACUACCGUAAACGCUCCGAGAGCUGGAUGCGCGGUGGGAAGAGCGCGGAAGAGGCGUGUUUCUCCCACCGCACCGCCGUCGCCCUCAUCGCUCUCGCCGCCUUCGCUCGGCGUCUCGCGGAGCAGCUCGUCUCCCCUCUCUCUCUCCCACCCUAA